AUGGCUGGUCCCGCCGUCCAUAAACACGAUGGUGAUUUGCUGAUUUCCCGACAGGAGCUGGUCACCUUGGCUGUUGUCCUCGCCGCGGCGGUAGUCUUCUGCAGGUGGGUUUCGGGGAAGGUACAGCAAUGGAAGGAACAAGACCGCAGGAACACCGCCGAUGCCCGCUUCGACGAUGAGGGCUCCGACCUUGAAGCCGGGGGCGACGACGAUAGCGUCAACCCUGCGGGCUCCGACAUCGAGCUAGCAGGCGCCGCUGACUUCCUAUCGGCGAGUGGCGAUGACGUCGAUUCUAGGAGGUCGGACGUCGACUCCGGGAGCUGGGGCGUCCGGUCAAGGGGGGUUGCUGGGUCCACCGCCGGCAAAUCUUCGCUGGGUGGGGAGGAGAACGAAUCGGUGGGCUUUGUUACGUGCCCGGUUAGUGCCCUUCGCUUCCGUCGUAUUUUUAUUGCAAUAUUCUACUUCACCUUCGCUCCCCCCCCCGUCUUGGACCCCGCCGCUCCGCCGGUUUGCCUUAAGGAAUCCGAAAUGUCGAACUGCAGCACGUGGAUGACAGCCCGAACUCACCAUAACCCGGACGACACCGACAGCGGAACUCUGGGAUGGGCGGAGAUGGCGGCCGCGGUAGCGGAGGUGGGUUAUAUACCCUCCGACCGGAGUGUGUCAAGGAACCGGCCAGAGGAGGCAUCGACAGGGGCAAAAUCAUUAGCGAUGGCAAUGAGCAAGGAGUCGCUGAGGCGCUCCACGCGGUCGGAAUUCGACGUUUGGCACCACGGCGGCAGCAGCGGCAAGAGCAGCAGGAACAACAGCGUUUACAGCGAACACCGCGAGAGCAACGGUGAUUGUGACGGCAACGGCGACGGCAACGAUGACGAGUUGGACGGCCAUUCUGUCUAUCACGAUGUCCUCGAGGACGCCCUCCAUAGGGCACGCAUCAGGACGGGUGAGAGAGAGGGGGGACCGGAGAGAUCCGCGGCGAACGGAGACCUUGAGCGGUACUCUGGGUCGGGUGACGGUCAAGCCGCCCGGGGAGCCUCUACCGGUGGAAGCGGAGGGGGGUCAUCACUCUCUACCAUCACCGCGGAUGGGUUUGGGCCAAUGGAGGGUCACGAGGAGGAGCAGGAGGUGGGGGAGAAGGAGGUGGGGGAGGAGGAACACAAUGACGGGGGGGAGGAGGAGGGGGACGGCAACGUUGGGGACCACAUUCCCCCUUCGUCCCACGGCUCCAUACCGGAGCUCGAGAACGUGAACGAGCCAGAGCCCCACUUUGCCCCGACCAGGAUGGACCGGCUUUUCGAGAUUUUCUCCAACGCACCGCGGAUGUUCACGGCCGUCCGCGACAUCUACGUCGCGAGCCACUGCGACCUCGACCUGUCGGCGUCUGACUCGAACGGCGACCUGACCAGGGAGAGGGUUAUCGGCACCGGCUACUACGGCCGCGUGAGCCGCGUGUACCACGCGUCUUUGGGAGAGCAGUUGGCACUCAAGGAGCUAUCGGAGGUUUUCGCCCUGAACAGCGCUCUGCCGGCUAUGCCGAUCCUGAUGGAACUUGGCUACUGUGACUUGGUUGACGUGCUCGAGAGUGUCAACGUCUCGCUACCGAACAAGAUUGGCAUCAUCUACGACGCGGCCUGCGGCUUGCAGCACAUCCACGACAAGGGCAUGGUCCACCGCGACAUCAAGGCCGCCAACAUCCUUGUCAUGGUGAACGAGGAUGGCGACGCCACUGGGAAGGUGGCAGACUUCGGUCUCACGUGCGCGCAAGGGGAAAGGACGCCACCGAGGACGGGGACGCCGGGCUACAUCCCCCCCGAACUCGUGUGGAGUGGCGUGGAGGCCGGGCCGGAGAACGACGUUUUCUCGUUCGGAGUGCUUUUGCUGGAGGCCUUCAUCCAACCCGACCUUUGGGAGAACAACAUGUUUGUCCACAGGUUCGAAGUGAUGGUGAGGACUCUUCUUGACGGAUCAUUUGGGAGGGAGAUCGUGCAGCCGGAGAACCUCGCGGCGUCGGUGCCGUACCGCUAUACUGCGUGCCUCUGCCAGCCCCGUCACCUACGCCCCAGCAUGGCGUCCAUCGUGGAAAUGCUUCAGUGUCUCAAGGAAGGCAGGGAGCCGCCUCCAAUGGCAAUGAUGUGGUACAUGUAAAAGGCGAACGGACGAGCGGAAGAUAGGGCGGGGGGGAGGGUUAGACGUAUACCCCUUCGUUGACGUCGUGGCCCAAGCUUUGGUUCUAGUUUGUUGCCCUUUUUCUGGGCCACCUGCCCGUGUUUGACAUUGAUCAACAAUUGUUCACGCGGAGCAAUAUCAUCGAAGCCUUUCGUGUUACCUUCACUUUGCCAGAGUGAUGAAGCAGGUCGACCAGGCUUCACAGCCAAUCUGGAAGAAACUACUUUGAACUACCACAAAAUGUGUCUGAGAGGGGAAAGGGCGAGGAGUGUGUGCGUGGUUCGUGUGUGGGUGAAGACGCAUCCACCUGAUUCCUUCACGGCGUGUCAGAAUUUGAUACCCCUCUUGGCAGCCAUGUGCUCACGGUUUAUUGUGAGCAGGUGCGAUGGUAAUUGCGAGUAAAAGCUUGGCCCCGCUCCCUCCCGGGUGCGACUUUCUGCCGCAUGUAUGUAUGCAUACAGGAGGAAGUUUUCUCAACCUCACGUGUCUCUCUUUGCUGCGAAUACGUUUGUUCUUCCGUGUCUUGUUGGGUGCAUGGGAUGAAUGCGUGCGCUCGGUCGUACGGAGUGACAUGUUGCGAAGAACAAUGGAACCGACGCUUUACGGGUUUCGAACACACCGCAAGUACAAGAGCAGUCAAACGUACAAAUUCAGCAGAAGACCACCGCGGAUGUUGAUGGGAGUUGGGUUGGGGCGUGGGUGAUGAAAUUAGCGUAUCACUGCUUGCACGUGUGUGGAAUUUGGAGAGAGCGGCGACGAUGGAACAAGUAGAAUGUUCCGACAGUGUUCCCCGUACAACUAGUUGAGGCUGUGUGACUGUUCAUUUUUUUUCGAUAGGUGUGGUUGCGAGCCUUUUCCCGCCGCUUCUCGGCCUGCAGUCUUACUAGGGAGAGGUUCCGCUGAAUGCAGCCUUGUUUGAUGGUUUUGCGUUUCGUGGUGAACCCUAGCACUGUCGUAUCGCCAUUCAUGCGGUUGUGUGCAAGGUCGAGAUGAGGCUGGUCGAGCCUU